AUGCAUAUAAAACAGAUUAUAAUUCAAGGCUUUAAAUCUUACAAAGAUCAAACUGUUAUUGAACCUUUUAGUCCAAGACAUAAUGUUGUUGUUGGAAGAAAUGGAUCUGGUAAAAGUAAUUUUUUUGCAGCUAUUCGAUUUGUAUUAAGUGAUUCAUAUACAACUUUGAGUCGUGAGGAGAAACAAGGUCUUCUUCAUACUGGUAAAGAUGAAGUGGUUUUACGUAGAACUGUCGGAACAAAGAAAGAUGAAUACUCACUAGAUAAAAAAAGUGCAACGAAAGCUGACGUGAUGAAUUUAUUAGAAAGUGCAGGUUUCUCACGUUCAAAUCCCUAUUACAUUGUGCCACAAGGAAGAAUAAUGGCUUUGACGAAUGCAAAGGAUCUUGAACGUUUAAAAUUAUUAAAAGAAGUUGCUGGCACAAGAGUAUAUGAACAACGUAGAGAAGAAAGUGUUAAAAUACUCGAAGAGACAGAACUUUUACAUUAUAUUGAGGACCGCUUGGCUGAAUUGGAAGAAGAAAAAGAAGAAUUAAAAGUUUAUCAAGAUAAGGAUCGUGAAAGAAGAUGCUUGGAAUAUGCAAUAUUUCAUAAGGAACAAACUGAAUUGAUAGAACAGUUGACAAAGAUGGAUCAAACAAGAGAGCAUAAAGUUCAUAAUUCAAAUCAACAAAAUAAAGAUUAUAAUGUUUAUGCACAAGCAAUCACUAAUAUUGAACAUGAAAUUUCUCAACUUCAAGAAUCAAUUGAUCUUUUAAAAGUGGAAAAGCGUGAGCUUGAUGAAGAUUUACAAGAUAAAAUUAAAUCAAAUGCUCAAAUAGAAUUAACUAUAAAAGAUAUGGAAGAUACAUCAAGGCAAAAUAAAGAUUCAAAGAAAAAAAGAGAAACGGAAUUAAAGACAGUUGAAAAUAGUAUUCGACAAAAAGAACUAGAUUUAGCAAACAUAAUUCCAAUAUAUGAAAAUGAAUUGGCUCAAGAGGCUGCAUUGAGAGAAAGAUUAAAUGAAACAGAGAUGCGACGUCAAGCUCUUUAUGCAAAACAAGGAAGAAGCACACAAUUCCAAACACGUGCUCAUAGAGAUGCUUGGUUGCAAAGUGAAAUACAAGAGAUUGAUAAAACAAUGGAUGCACAGAGACAACAGGAAGUAGAUCUAGAAUCGCAAAUAAAUGAUUUAACAGAAAGUAUAAAUAGAGUAACGAAUGAAAUUCAAAUAGCCCGAAAUAAAUUAGAACAAAGAAAACGUAUCAUUGAAGAAAUGAAUCGUGGUUAUAUUGAAAAAAAAGCCGAAAGAGAUAGACUUACUGACAAAAGAAAGGAGCUUUGGAGGGAAGAUUCUCAAUUAGAUACAAAACUUGUUAAUGCACGUGAUCAAUGGAAAACUAAUGAAAGGAGUUUGGCUAGUUCUAUGGACAAAAAAACUAAUAAUGGACUAAAUGCCGUGAAACGGAUUGCUGAGCAAUACCAAAUAAAAGGCGUUCACGGACCUCUUUAUGAAUUAUUUGAUUGUAAUGAUUCAGAAUAUUGGACAGCUGUUGAAGUCACUGCUGGACAAAGAAAUUUUGAAUAUCCAAAUACAAAUGAAAUUUUACCUAUGAUAGAUAUUCUUAAAUAUAAUGAAAAAUAUGCUAAAUCCAUUGAACAGGUUUUUGGAAGAACAAUAAUAUGUGAUAGUUUAGAUAUCGCUUCUUCAAUAUCAAGAAGUCAUGACUUGAACGGCAUAACUUUAGAUGCAUUAGCAGGCGGUUAUCAUGAUGUGCGUCGAAGAAGAUUAGCAGCUUCAGCAAAUUUAAAAAAAUGGAGAAUAGAAUAUUUAGAAUUAGAUAAAAGAUCUAAAACUGUAAAAAAAGAAAUAUCUAAUAUCCUUUUUAAAAACCCCUCUCAUUUACAUUUAGACGAACAAAUUAAUCAAAUAUUAAGAGAUAUGCAAUUUAUUGAGGCUAAACAAAAACAAGCUCUAGAUAGUCGUGAUCCUUUACUGUUUGAAAUCAAUUCAAAGACUAAAGAGGAAGAAAGUUUGAAAAUGUCAUUAGCUAGCAAGAAAAAAUCUUUAUUAAGUAUUCAAAGUAGCAUUAAAAUGUUAAAUGCUCAAAAACAAGCUCAUGUGACAGAGAUGAAGAAUGAAUUGAAUGCAAAUUUAAAAAGGCGACGUGAAGAACUUGUGAUGCAAAUAGAAAGUUUAAGCACCGUUGAUGAUGACCAACUACAUUCAAUUAAGGAAGGUUUAAUGAAAUUAAUUCGUGAAAUGAAGAGACGUUCGCAAGAAAUUGAAGAAGAAAUACAAAGGCUUAAUAAAAAAUUCAAUUUAAAAAAGACUGAAUCGGAAACAUUAAAGUCUGAACAAGCAGAACGACAGCAACAAUUGGAAAGGCAUCAAAAAGAUGUUGAUAAAUUUUUAUCAAAAAGAAAAUUAUUGUUACAAAAAAAAGAUGAAUGCACAAAAAAUAUUCGUGAACUUGGUGCAUUACCAGAAGAGGCAUUCGAGGCUUAUGUAAAUGAAGAAUCUGCUAGUUCGAUAAAUGGGUUAAUACAGGUUUUAGAUCAACGUAAAGAUGAAGCGAUUGAACGCACAUUCAAACAAGUUGCUAAAUACUUUUCUGAAGUAUUUGAAAAAUUGGUUCCUGCAGGUCGGGGACAAUUAAUUAUGUUAAGAAAGAUUGAUAGGGGAAAAGAGGUAGAUGAUGUUGACGAUGAAAAUAAUGAAACAAGUAAUAGUUCAGUAGAUAAUUAUAGUGGAGUUGCUAUUAAUGUUUCUUUUAACAGUAAGACUGAUGAAGGUCUUCGAAUGCAACAAUUAUCUGGAGGACAAAAAUCUUUAGUGGCAUUGACUCUUAUCUUUGCUAUCCAACAAUGUGAUCCUGCUCCCUUCUAUUUGUUUGAUGAAAUUGAUGCUGCACUUGAUGCUCAAUAUCGAACUGCUAUUGCAUCAAUGAUUCAUGAAUUAUGUGACAAAGCUCAAUUUAUCACAACUACUUUUCGUCCAGAAAUGUUAGCAAAUGCUGAUAAAUUUUAUGGUGUAACUUUUCAAAAUAAAGUUUCAAGUGUUAGUGAAAUAAGUAAAGAUGAUGCACUUAAAUUUAUUACACAGGAACAACCACGAUAA